CAACAUGAAAUGAAAUACAAUGCUGCUAAGGCAUCUAAAUGGGGCCUUUUGGGCUGGGUUUCCUCCUCCGGUGGCAAUCCUCUGAUCGAUGUCUUCAGUCAUGCUAGUUCUGACAUGGUCGAUUUCCAUAUCUCAUCCGUUUUCCAAGCACGCAAUGCUGAAGAAAACUACCUCCGUAUCCAGGACGAUGCUUUAACUGGGGACAUGUCUUCGGUUGACAUUGCCACGAAGAAGAAUUUGAAUGACCUCGUCCAAGUUGCGGAAGAAUUGUUAAAGAAAACAGUUUCAAAUAUUAACUUGAGGACUGGUAUUCAUGAACCUGUUAAGUCUAACGAAACCAACGCGGAAGCCUUGACCAGGUUUGCGAUACGACUGUCCGAGCAGAGGAAAUUUCGGAAAUCUCAAACGCUUGUGAACAAUGGGAAUAUUUGAAAGACGAAGAGAUAAGAGAUACUUGUUGGUUUGCCAAUAUGAAUAUGAUAAAUGAUUAGUGUAGUGUUCAUUUUAUUUUUGGACAAUGAUAUUUUGACAACACUUUUUGACAACUAUUUUGACAACGGAACACUAGUC